CGUAAUUUAGGGCAUUUUAUUCUUUAUUUCCACGCUUUACUGCGCCUCCACUCUCCUUCCCUCUCGGCCUUGUUCUAGUACUCUGAAUCCUCUGGCGAACCUCAUCACUGAGCCCUUUAAAUGUUUCAGAACCUCCUGUUUCCAGUCCGAUUCUGGUAUUACUGCCAGCUGAAGAUGUAGGUCAGAGUUUUCUUAUAGGCGUCGGUUUCUCCUAUUCUCAAUCCAUGGCUACAUCACUCACUAAACUAAUGGAUCAGAAACAAGAAUUUUCAAAUUUGAAGGCUGCUAAUGAGGACCGGAUCAGUGAACUACCUGAUUGUGUUCUAUCCUAUAUUCUGUGUAAGUUGGCGAUGCGAGAUAUGAUGAAAACCCGUGUGCUGUCAAAAAGAUGGCAAGGGCUCUGGGCGUUGAGGAGAGAUCUUACUUUUGAUUUUUCCCACAUGUGCGAUGACGUUGUUAAAAUUCUUGAGAAUGUCAGGUUCAGGAAUGACCUUGAAUACUAUGCCAGGAUUAAUGAGGACUAUGUGAAACGAGUUGAUGAAUUCAUGCAGACUUUUCCAGGAGAGAAGAUAGAUUUCUUAAGGCUGUUUUACUUUGGUGAUACUACCUCUACGGAUGAGUCCAUUGUUGAUAAAUGUGUUAGACAUGCCAUUGCAAAGGGAGUUGAACAGAUUGAUAUGAUCUCUGCGUCAAUGUUGCCGCAUUUCAGGCGUAGGUUUCCUUUUUGGCUUUUUCCUGUAUCUAACAAGGGAACUAAAGCUUAUUCAACUUUGAAGCACUUGUAUCUGCGUUAUUUUGUUCUUGCACCACCUCCGGAUUUUACUGGAUUCCACAAUUUAGAAUCUCUUACAUUGGAGUGCACAAUAGUUACUGAAGAUUUGUUUAAAUAUCUGCUCUCCGAUCCUGUCACACCGCUAAGAGUGUUGCGCCUGAUAGCCUGCCGGUUUGAAUUUGAUUUAGAGAUUGUUAGUCCAUCCCUUCACCAUUUUGAGAUGAUCGAGUGUUUGCACCUAGGGACUCUUACAAUUUCUGCCAUUAAACUCACUGUUUUUGAAUAUCACUGCUUCUACAAGUAUGAGAGGGACCUUUUCCUGAAUGCUCCACAGUUGACGAACAUGUACUUUCACAAAUUGUCUGAGAAUCAGAUACCUGCUGCAAUUUCACAAUUCAUUGCUACACAGGUUGAAAAUCUUAACCUGCGUAUAGUUACUGAAAAGGUAAUGCCAAGAAGCAUAACCCCAUUUUGGAAUCUCAAGCAAUUGGAGCUGACUGUUGAGAGUGUUGAUAUUGAAGAAGGUUUAGAUGUGUUGUUAGUUUUCUCCUUCCUCAAGGCUUCCCCGCUUCUGCAAAAGCUCAAAUUUAGGCGUUGGUCAUCUGCUUCUGACGUCUCUCAGAAGCCAAAUGAAAGUGAAAGAUGGACGUUACACCAGGAAUUCAGCCAUAAUGAACUUCAAGAAGUUGAAAUUCUUGGAUGUGUAGGCAAUUGGUGCGAAAUUGAACUCGCUAUUUACUUGAUGCAAAAGUCACGGUGUCUUGAUAAACUUGUCUUUAACCCCUCCCGAAGUCCCUAUCCUGGAGGUGGGAAAUGGGAUAAAGCUAUUGUUAGUGGCCUUGAAAGGCCAAAGUCAUGCCAGCAUUGGCUAGAGUCGGGCCGGGAAACAGUCCGGGAAAAGCUUCAAGAUAAAGUUCCUGCAAGUGUAAAACUUCUCUUGUUAUGACCCUACGUUAGGACAAAGCUAAACGCUUACGGGUUCAAAUCGAUUACUUUCAUUGAGGAUGUCCAGAUUAAUGCUAACGUUUUUCGAUCUUUAUCUCUACUGGGAAGGGACAUCGAUCAAUUUAUUCUUAGCAUAAUAAGAACUGUCGGGUCUUGCCAGACACUGAUCAGCAGGUUGAUCUAGGUCUGAAUGACUGGUUUUCUAUAAUCUCAACUUACUUUUCUUUCCGCACUUCCAAACUCUUUCAACUUAUUCGCUUUCAUUUCAUACAUUAUACUACUCUCUGAACUAUAACACACGAAAUUAUCCAUAUCAAGGUUUAAGCUUUCUCAACUACUAGAACAGCAUAUUGUGAACCAAAUAGCAGGAGUGCCUAUUCCUACUUCUGAACAGGAAGAUGAGUUUGUUUGGGGACCUUCCUCAAAUGGGCUCUUCACCAUUAAAUCAGCCACUUGGCUCCAGCUUAAUCACAAGGAAAAACAUAGCCAAAUAACCCUCUUAACAAAGAUGUGGAAACUUAAUGUUCCACCUAAAAUUAAAAUGUUUGCUUGGCUUCUCAUUAGAGGAAGACUCAAAACUUGACCAGGUUUGGUGUAGUACAGGAUAACUCUUGCCCUUUAUGUAAUACUGACAAUGAAACUGCAGAUCAUCUCUUCGGAUACUGCAACUUUGCUACGGAAGUCUGCCGACUGGCAGGUUUGUCCCCCUCCCUGAAUUGGAAUGAUGGUUAUUUAAAGGUCUUUCAUGAACUUGUGUUUUCUGAUUCCUCUGACAACCAAAUCCUUGAGAAAUUAAUUACAAUUUGCCGGCAAAUAUGGAAGGCAAGAAAUGACACAAUCUUCAGAAAUAUCCACGUAAACCCACAAUCUGUGGUGGUGGCUUCGGCCGCUGUUCUUCAUAGCGUUUCCAAUCCUAACGGGCGUGCAGAGAGGGAUUUAACUCAAACCCAACCAACCACUAUUAAGUGGACUUCUCCGCCUGCCCAGUGUGUUAAGUUAAAUUUUGAUGGUUCCGUGACUAGAACUUCUGCAGCGGGUGGUUUCGUAAUCCGGGACAACCACGGCAACCCCUUGAUUGCAGCUACAAAAAAUGGUGGUUCCACUACUGUACCGGUAAUGGAGGCCAUUGCUUUGAGAGAUGGACUACUUUGUGCUCGAGACCAAGGGUACACAACAAUUGAAGUUGAAGGAGACUCUAAGUUAGUCAUUGACGCAAUCAACAAACGCAU